UGAACAGCCAUUCUAGUUGCUCAUCGCAGGUUGUAGCGGAAGACCUGUGUGUCUCUGUAAACGAUCCUGACUACAGGAAGGAGACACGGCGGAUGGGAUAUGGAGUGUAUUCCAGUGACUAUUGAUGAUCUUGAGGGCAAGAAGGACCCGGUCAUAGAGGACCCAGAACACAAUGUGUACACCAGAUUUAUGAAGUCCCACCGGUGUUAUGACCUCGUACCUACCAGCUCCAAACUGGUUGUGUUUGAUACAUCACUUCAGGUCAAGAAGGCAUUUUUUGCUCUUGUAUCUAAUGGGGUAAGAGCUGCACCUUUGUGGGACAGCAAGAAACAGUGCUUCGUUGGUAUGCUGACCAUCACAGACUUCAUUAACAUCCUACAUCGCUACUACAAAUCUCCAUUGGUUCAGAUAUAUGAGUUGGAAGAACACAAAAUUGAAACAUGGAGAGAGUUGUAUCUUCAAGAUUCUUUUAAGCCCUUGGUUAGCAUAUCUCCCAAUGCAAGUUUGUACGAUGCAGUAUCAUCUCUGCUGAAGAAUAAGAUCCACAGACUGCCUGUAAUCGACCCGCUGACGGGGAACACACUUUAUAUUCUCACACACAAGAGGAUUCUCAAGUUCCUGAAGCUUUUUAUAUCAGAGAUGCCAAAACCUUCGUUCUUGAGUCAAACUUUAGAGGACCUGAACAUCGGAACAUUCCAGAACAUAGCAGUGGUCCGCACAGACACACCCCUGUACACAGCGCUGGGUAUUUUUGUUGAGCAACGAGUGUCUGCGCUCCCUGUUGUGGAUGACAAAGGUCGAGUGGUGGAUAUAUACUCAAAAUUUGAUGUUAUAAACCUGGCCGCAGAGAAGACGUACAACAACCUGGAUGUGACAGUGACCAAAGCCUUGCAGCACCGCUCUCAGUACUUUGAAGGCGUACUGACCUGCAACAGGCACGAGACCCUGGAGGCCAUCAUCAACAGACUGGUGGAGGCCGAGGUGCACAGGCUGGUGGUGGUGGACGAGCAAGAUGUGGUGAAGGGAAUUGUCUCCCUUUCAGAUAUCCUCCAGGCACUAGUGCUGACUGAUGGAGAGGAGGGCACAGCUUGAGGAGGUAACUCCGAUAAGGACAGGCUACACAGAGCAAAGGAAGAAAGAACAGGCACUUGAGGGGAAUUUGUCCGUAUAUUGAAGUAUUAACAAUCACCUCCUGUAACCAGGCUUCAUAUAUUCACACAUGAAGACUUCUCUCUCUCUCUGCAGAAAUAUGAAGCUUUUGCAACUCAGCAAUAUAAAAUUGAAGUAGCACAAGAAAAACAGCAGCUCUUGUAAAUCGAGCCAAAUUCCAAACCAGCAGAGAGAGACAGCCAAGUAUGUAAAAGCACAGGAGAUGUCUGAAGAGGAGCUGAUGGCAAGGCAUCAUUCCCACCUCUGUGGUUUCGGAUCUAGGACCAUUAAUAAAGGCUUUGAUUACAAAUGUAUUCCCGAUAAUAUAAACGAUGUAAUCAGUUUAACUGAUUUAUCUGUAUUGCCUUUUGCUGGCAACAUUUCAUCUCUACACUAAGGCUGAAAUCUAAAUGCACAUAAAGCCUAUAAAGGGUUAAUUUGUAAACAUUGUGUAACUUUGUCAGAUCAACGUUCACUGUGUGUUCUAGCACGUUCUGACCCAUCCUACUUAGACUGAUUUUGUUAUACAGCUAGUUUGAUCAUUUAAACGCAGGUGGAGGAUUUAUUUGUAAAUCAUUUUUACCAGGAGCUACUAAUUCACACGUUUAUGGUUAUAUGGUUACAGAAAUAUUUAUCUGUAUGUCCAGUAUAUCUCAUAUGCACUGUACAUAUAGUACAUGCAUACAAAAACUAGCUUUGAGCUAUUUUUUGGUGAAGGUUGAAAAAUAUCUAGUUUUUUUAGCAUUGAAACACUAGAUCUUAAAGACCUCUGAGAUAACAGAAGUUUGCACUGGUCAGGUAAUUUAAAGGAUGAUUUCACAGACGUAGAAUGAAAAAGGCCUGGUCAUGGUCGAACUACACUUUCAUCAAGUCAGGUUUCAGAUUCGGGACCUGACACCCCCCCCCCCCAAAAAAAGCUCUGAAUAAAUUUUAAGGCAGUUUUAAUGAAAAAACAGAUUUAUGUAAAUUUGUCACUAUUAAUUCAAGUAGUAGUGUGUGAAGAAUUCAAGGGCUCAGGUUUUAAUCUUGUGUAGCAAACCUGGAGGAGCACAUUAGGCUCUCGAGACAACCUCAUCGGCGAAGUCCAGAACAGCAUUGAUGAAUCUGCUGUUAAGAGACGACCAUUAAUUGUGCUGUGUUUUGUUUGCUCUGGAUAUUUAUAGGUUUUAUGUUUUGCCAUUUUGUCUCUGUUGUCAUGUAUAACAAAAUGUUAAAUGGAUUCUAAGUUUUCUGCCUGUUUUGUUACACAUUGGCAUUAUCGGCGUUAAAGGGAUUUGCUUUUUCUUCAGUGCUGCAAGAUCUCAUGUUUUGGAAAAGUGGUCCAUCACAAAACUAAUGGUCAAGUUAAUGAGUUCUGUGGCAUUGUUUGUUUUCUGAUCUUCUGGGUGUGUUAUGUUAAUGUCAGUUACAGUCAUUGAUGACGUAUCUGAACAUCAAGUCUAAUACAUGUAUUCAACUGUUAUCUGUUCAUUGCGUUUUGGAGACUUCAUUAGAAUCUCUUAAUACCAGCAUUUCCUUGUCAUUUUCUCAAUGGACCAGGGACAUGUCACACUUCUGUUUUGGUAUAUAUUAAAUUUAAUGUGUAUAACUGUAUGUAAAUGCACAUGUUUUGUAGUAAUCUACAUUGAGAUCAUGAUAGAAAGAAUGAGCAAUAAAAGGUUCUUUGAGA